UAAUAAAGCGCUCUGUAAAAUCGUUUAAUCCACCCUGAUUAAAACGUGAUGUUUACAAAAACAUUUUAACAAAUUUGUUUAUGAUGGAGGAAAAGUUAUACAGAAGCUUUGAUGAAAGGCCAACCAAUCCAAAAGAGCUGAUAAAAUGGAAGGAGGAAAAUAAGGCCCGGAAAAGGAAAUGGCGGGAAGAGAAACUUCUCAAGCAGCUGAAACGACAGAAGGCGGCAGAAACAGUUGCCAUGGAAACAGAGAACAGGAAGUUGAAGGAGGAAAAACAGCAGAAAACACAGGGUCGGCCAUACACAAUAUCAAUCGCUCUGCCAGGGUCUAUCCUGGAUAACGCCCAGUCUCCUGAGCUACGCACUUACCUGGCGGGACAGAUAGCGCGGGCAGCUGUGGUGUUCAACAUUGAUGAAAUAGUCGUGUUCGAUGAGUCCGGCUCCACAGAAAAGACAACAGAGGGAGAAUUUAAGGGAGUUGGUAAACAUGGACAAGGAAACGUUCAGCUAGCCCGGAUUCUACAGUACCUUGAAUGUCCCCAGUACCUUCGCAAGUCCUUCUUCCCACAACACAAGGACCUCCAAUAUGCAGGAGUGUUGAAUCCGCUAGACUGCCCCCACCACAUGCGAGCCCAAGACGAGGCUGUAUAUAGGGAAGGCGUUGUCCUCAAUAAGCCCCCCAGGGAGGGGAGAGGCUCCUUUGUUAAUAUCGGGCUCACCAAGGAUGUUCAGAUAGACAAGCAUUUGAAGGCCGGAGUCCGGGUCACCGUGAAGAUUGACCCUGCCACUACAGAUCGGAAGAACAUGCGGGGGACAGUAGUGUCGCCCAGUGAGCCAAGAACCCAAGCAGGGCUUUAUUGGGGCUAUACGGUGAGACUGGCAGGCUCCUUAGGGGCAGUUUUCACAGAGAGCCCAUACCCAGAGACAUACGAUCUCACCAUCGGCACUUCUGAGAGGGGGACGGAUUUGGAUGAGUUUUCAUUAGAGGAUGCAGAUUUCAAGCACGGCCUGGUGGUGUUUGGAGGAGUGAAAGGUCUGGAAGCCAGUCUAGAGUCUGAUGAACAACUCGGUGUGGAGGACCCCAGUCUACUGUUCCAGCACUACCUAAAUACCUGUCCACAGCAAGGGAGUAGGACUAUCAGAACUGAGGAGGCCAUUUUGAUCACAAUGGCUGGAUUGAGACCAAAACUGUUCAGCAAGAGAAGACAAAAUCCGGAGUCCUGACAAUGGACACCUAACAUGCUCUCACCUCCUUAAUUGUCUUGCAUUUGUAUCAAUAAAUAUGACAAGUU